AUGAAGCUGGUUCUCCUCGUCGCCCUGGUGGCCGUCGCCGCGGCCGCGCCGCAGGGGGUACGCACCCUCAGCCAGCGGCUCGACCAGGACCCGCAGGGCAACUACGAGCACAGCUACGAGCAGGACAACGGCCAGAGCGCCAGCGAGGUGGGCCGUGUGUUCCCCGGUCCGGAGCCGGGCACCGGCAGUCUCAGCCAGCAGGGCAGCUUCCAGUUCGUCAGCGACGAUGGCCAGACGUACCAGGUUGCGUACGUGUCGGACGAGGGUGGCUUCCAGCCGCAAGCGGCGCACCUGCCCGUGGCGCCGGCGCAGAUCCCCGAGUACGCCCAGCUGAGGAUCGACCACCCGGAGCUGUUCUGGGCCGAGGGCGCCCAAUAG